GAGAUUUUGUAGAUAUUUUUAUUCCCAUUUAUUUUCAGAUAAUAUGCCUUUGAUGAUGUGUGAGUGAUUUAUUCUGGCAAUGGCGGGGUUCGGAGAAUACACGGGAUACAACAGACCAUUCAGGUUGGAUCCAAAUAGAGAACCAAGUGAUUUGUAUGAUACUCGCUAUCAGCAAAUUUACGGAUAUCACACCCCUGCAACCGAGGAGUAUCAGGGUCCCCCGUUAGUUAUGGACGAUGUUCCAGAAGAAGACAAUAACACUUACGUGACCACAGCAAUAAGUGUAGCGAGUCUUAUUACAGAGAAUUUGCUCAGUCACCCAUUUAUUGUUCUCAGAAGACAAUGCCAGGUGCACAACAGCUUAAGGAGUUAUCACAUAGUACCAUACUCCCUGCUGCCAGUAGUGGUGAGAUUGCAUCGAAGGCAGGAUGUCACCACUCUCUGGAAAGGUAUUGGGUCCACCUGCAUAGUCAAGGGGCUCAACAUGGCUGUUGAAAAUAUUGUUGCUGAAGCUACUGGGUGGCCAAAAGAGAUUGGAAAAUGCAAUUCAGUGCUACAAUUUCUGCAGCAUAUCACUUUGAAAAGCAUAAGCAUAGCAAUCAUAACACCAUUUUAUUCGGCGAGUUUAGUAGAAACUGUACAGAGCGACAUAGCAAGCGACAAGCCAGCUCUAUUAGAUGUAUUCCGCGAAGGCUUUGUACGUAUUUUGGAGUGGGGCACACCAAGUCGCGGAAGAAUGCUGCCUAUUUGGGCUAUUGUGUUACCCACUACUGCUCUUGGGAUCUCUAAAUAUCUUGCACACAUAACUUUAAGAAGUAUAACAGUAAGGGUUCUAAGAUUCCAACAAAGGCACAGGCAUGAACUGAGUGAUUCAUACAACACAAAUUAUGCUAAAUCUGCAUCCAAUCCUUUGAUUGAGGACAUCAAUUUGAAAUCAGGAAUUUUCUCCUUUAUUACUAUGGAAAUCCUAUUUUAUCCUGUCGAGACUAUUAUUCAUAGACUUCAUAUACAGGGCACAAGGACAAUCAUAGAUAAUUUAGAUACUGGUUCUUCAGUAACACCAAUCCUGACUGGGUAUGAGGGUUUCCUUGAUUGUUACAACACCACAAUAGCAAAGGAAGGUGUAGCAGGUCUCUACAAAGGCUUUGGAGCACUGGUGCUGCAGCUUGCAGCUCAUUUAGCCAUUAUCAAACUGACUACAUUUGUAGUGACUGAAGUGUCCAAUCUACUCAAACCAGCCAAAUCUCCCACAAAUUCUGAUGAGUCGGCACAUUCACAACCAAAAUACCUAUUCAACUAAUCUGUACUACAUAUGUCAGACCUAUGUGUGAUUUUAAGAUAUGUAAGUAAUCUAAAACUCCUGGCAAUUAUUAAGAAUUUUUGAUAGUUGUUUGAAUAAAGUGUUGAAAUUUAUUUAUAAAAUGAUUUUAUUAGCUUUUAAGUGUUACAAACCUAACCAAGCUCACGCUGAUUAUGGUGGGU